GUAACUCUCAUGCUUACUACCGUUUGUUGUGGCACGAGAUCUAAACAUACACACAUCAAGAGUACGGCCAAAUUAUACAUUUUACUACAUCAGAGCUAAUAAGAGUAACCAAGAUCAGAGAUAGAGGAAGGAAUUCCUGAAGCAACACAACAGCUGGAGAAUUUGAGAAACAUUGCUGCUGCUCAUCGCGAAGGAGGUAUCUGUUUGGCCCACCUCCUACGCAGAAAGAGGUCAAUUUACUAAGUGCUGCAGUCGUCAUUGCCUUAAGUGGGCCAGCAGGAUCCACAGAUAUCAGAAGCAGUGCUCAGUUUAGAUCAGUUUAGAUGCACCGAGUUCGUGAGAUUUCUAAUUGGAUUUGAACCUCAGCAGGACAGUUGUUGUGGGGCGCGGAGGACACACUUUUCAGGAUCUUGAUUUAUAUCUUCAAAUCUGAGACCCUCACUCAGUGACGCCAUAAACUACAACUGUGGAGCAAAAGCAUUCCGUCCUAUUCUACGUCGUUUACGCAGUGCAUCUUCUAAUCAGGAAACAUAUGUUAUCAUAGUCAUAACCUGAGGUAAAGGGGAUAGAUCCAUUUACUCGCAUUGCUAAGACUUCUGUUACGAAACAUUGGAUCAAGAUUCCAGUUUACUGGCUUCAGCAGUUCACGGAAACUUCUACUUCAUUGAACUUGGAACAGCAUCGAAGAUCAUCAUGGCAGAUUUGUUAGGAAUUGUUUUACUCCUGGCUUCAUUCUUCAUCAGCAUUCAAACGGUGUUCGGAUCCGCAACCUUCAGCAUCCGGUUCGUGCACUUCACCAACCCGGGAGGUCUAGGGUCCAACGGCCAUUGCUGCGACGGAAGGGCGGGUUUCUGUUUGACGCCAUGCGAUCAUAUAUUCACCACCUGUCUCGAUCAUGGAACGAGUUGGUCACGUGACGCCAAUGUCUGCCCUCACGGAAAAAGGCAAUCAUCUAAAAUAACCAACCAGGACUCAAUUACCUUCGGUCGGUUGAUGGGAGGCAUUCGCAACCCGAUGACUUUCCGUUUUGAUAUGUGGCCGGGUUCUGUCAAGAUCAAAGUGAAGGUGUGGGACUAUGAUGCAGUUGGUCUGUGGGAUGAUGUCGACUACCUCCAGAAGACCGUAUCACUCACACCAUCGCCCUCAGCAUCAACAGCAGAGGAGGAGCUUGAGCUGGUACAGUCACGAACACAGUUGACAGUAGAGCUGAAGUUGUUCUGUGACCCUCACUUCUACGGACCUGCCUGUGCUGUCUACUGUUCAGCGAGAGAUGACUACGAUGGGCACUAUACCUGUGAUCCAUCAACAGGGCACAAGGACUGCCAUGCAGGUUGGACUGGUGAAGACUGCAAUCUCGCCUUCAACGAGUGUGGAAGCUUUCCUUGUCAAAAUGGUGGACUUUGUAUUGACGAUCAUAAUUCAUUCUCAUGUAAAUGCGAAGUUGGAUACACUGGUGAUAGAUGCGAAAUAGAUAUCGACGAAUGUGCGAGCUCCCCUUGCGAAAAUGGUGGUGUCUGUGAGGAUAUGGUUGAUGGCUUCGUUUGUGUCUGUGACGAAGGAUUCGGUGGCACUAACUGCGAGUCUCAGCUACCCGCCUGCUACUCGAGCCCUUGCCUCAAUAAUGGCACCUGUCAAGACAUCAAUGGGACCCAUUAUAAUUGCACUUGCAUGGAAGGCUUCUCUGGGGACGACUGUGAGUUGCAGAUAUUUGAUACGGAUGCUUUGCCACCUUCUGGAAUGGAACCACGAGAGUCUUUCGGUAUGUCGGUGAGUGCUGAGGGUCGCCUUGGAGAGUCCGAUGAAGCAGCCAUCAAAGAGUGGACCAAGAAGAAGAUGACCGAGACGGGCAGGAUAUCAGGAGAUUUAGUUGAUGUCACAGUCAGGAUGCAGCCAUGCACAGGAGACAAAGGAGUACUCGUGACAGAAAUCUUCAUCCUCAUCCACUACCCGUCUCAUGGCAUGUCUCUUGAUGAUCUGGAGUUCUCCAUGGGCCUCAUCAACAGGGCAUUAAAGUUUGACUUUCUUUAUAAAAGAUACGAUGGGCAAGAGUGCAAUGCUGGGUUUAUAUCAGCGAGGAAAACUACAGUGGAAAAUUCUUGGAUAGCCGACAAUUGGUUAGUGAUAGCCUUGCUGGCUGUGGGUUUAGUCGUCUUGGCUUUAGUGAUAGCUGGUGUCAUAUUCUUCAAAAGAAGGCGGCAAUGGCAGCGGGGGUCGCACUCUGAACAUGCAGUGACCUACGACUGUAUAGGAAAUACAUCGCCCGGUACUAGCCCAAUAAAACAUAUGACAGAUGAUGAGAUUACGCAAUCGUUUGGUAACGCCCUCUAUUUUGAUCCUAUGGAUCCGAAUAAGGAGUCAAUGGACCAAAGGGAUUCUGCUUUUGAUGAAGAUGACGAUAUUUAUCAAGUAGUUGAUUGAGGGCUUCUUUGAGAGGAGAUAGAUCACGCGGUCCAAUUCAAUUAAGGCAUACCGGUUUUGAAAUUUAGUUUUUUGUCAUGUCCUUGUGAGUCUCUGACACAACAUUGAUGCAGGAGUCGUAGGAAAUGGCUAGAGAAAAUAUAAAGGAGGAUAUAUUUAUUGCUCUUGAUGGAAAUUGCCUCCUCGAAGGAAUUCGCAGAAAAAAACUGAAAUACAUUUCAAACUCUUUAUCCGCGCAAUUCUUCACAGAGAGAACCGUUUCUUCUUUCCUAAUAUGACCUGUGAACUGAGAAUAAAGUGUGAUGCGUAAUAAUAUUCCAGAUUGGUGCUACUAUUUUAUCAUCAUUCAUACUGUGUAUACACAAGGAACAGAUAAAACAUGUAAAUGGAUUUUAGUGGGUGAUGCGGUAUUAAAGCCGCCAAAAGAGUGUACGAAUUCUGGCCAACGCAAUGGCGACAGUUAAGUAAAAGAGUACAAUCGACUGAGCAGGCCAUGAAGGCUGUGGUCACGGUGGUUUUUUGGUGACUCUUCUAAUUUUUUUGGGGGGGGGGGCAUUUGUCCCUCUCGUCCCCUCUAGCAACGGCCAUGCUUUAUAGUUAGCGGUUUCUUAAUGCUUUUCAAACCGGGGCAGGAUUAUCAUAAGGGUACAUAAACUGAUGACUAGCAGAUUGGUAGUCACACUGAAUGCAUAAUAUCGUUAGCCUCAUAGCAUAAUUCCCUAACUCAUAUUAAUUUUGAAGGUUUUGAGAAAAAUUAAAGAACCAUUUUUUUAGACAACGCUUAGGAAAUUUUAAUUCGAACUUUAACAAAAACUUAUUACAGAUGUCUCAACAUUUUUAAAACCAUCAAAUAAGUAAACAAUGCUUGAAUAACACAGAAAAGUGACAUAGACAUAAAAUUUUCACAUUUUGGCCAAAAUAUGACUUAGGCAAUUAUGCGAUGAGGCUAACGAUAUUACUGAUACUCAAUCGUAGCGAGCCUUGAUACUUGGUCACUGUACUCACAUUCAAGCACUGAUGCUGGCCGAAUGGGUUCUACUGUUUGACUGGAUAAUGAAUAUGGUGCUAAAAUGUUUAAUUAUUUGCUCAUUGUUUGAUCAUUUCAUGUAAAUAUUAAGAUAUGUACAGACUAACUCUUUAAAAUCAUAGAUUAAGAGAGCUUGCUCUUAUGAAUGGUCGUGUGGCCAAUUAGGCCUUACCAGUGGUCCAGUGUGGACUUAUAACUACUCUGUAUGUCACCCAAAUCAGCAAGUGAUGUGGAUUCGAGGAAGCUAUUCGAGGAAGUAAGCUACACGUCCAUAACAUGAAGUUCCACUUGAGAUUUACAGGGCAACUUGCUUUUUUGCUUUGCAAAGUGUUGGGUACACUGUUUAAAAUAUUUCAGAAUGAAAUAUUCAAGUCUUCUGGCUAACCGGCUAAUCAUCAUGACACUCGCCAGUCCGUGCCGGCUUAGAGAGAUUUCAGAUUAGCGCUUCCAAGGUGCUUGUCAUUAUACUUGUAAAUAUUCAUUAUACUGAAAGAAACAAGAGCACUAUUUUGUACAUUCGAUUAAACAUUUUCAAAUAAAAUUUGAAACAUUGCAUAUA